AUGCAGGUGUCAGCCCUGGAGGCAAGACAGCAUUCCAGAGAGAAGGAGGUAGAGGCUCUGAGGAGACAGGUCCUCGACUACCAGGUAAGACAACCCAACCCUUACACUAUUCAACUCUAUUUAACCCCAGUCAUCAAACUCAUCCUCAUUCUAUUCAAGUAACACAACCUCGAGAUGAGAAAUCUUCUUAUUUUCAAUAGUUGACAAAGUUGAACUAUGAUUCCAGAGCUUUUCAAAAUAAACAGUUGUGAGUGAGGCUAGGUUGGAGUGCUAUGCCUGGGUAUUUAUUGUGCAUAGUUUGAAUAGCUAGCUACCAUGUUGCUCAAAUAUAUCUCACUACUAGCAUUGUUGCUAAUGCUAACAUUUUCCUCCUGCUCUGUCUUGCUUUGCUUACCCAGUCCCAGUCAGACGAGAGGGCCCUGAUCGCCAAGCUCCACCAGCACAUUGUAGCUCUGCAGCUCAGUGAAUCAGCCACUGUAGGGAAACUAGAGGCCACCACCACCCGGAUACAGCAGCUGGAGGCCUACAAGCUUCGCGCAGAACAAAAACUGGAUGCCCGCGAGAAAUCGCUGAAUCAUGCUCGCCAGGAGGGCCGGAACCGAGCCAGGCAUCUCCAACAGACCAUCCAGUCUCUCCGCAGGCAGUUUGCCGGAGACCUACCCUUAGCCCAGCAGGAGAAGUUCUCUCAGACCAUGAUGCGCCUGCAGGAGGAUAGAGGGACCGUGCAGGAGGAGAAGAGGAGAGUGGAGGAGGAGAGGAGGAGGGCAGAGGGGAAGGCACAGGAGCUGGAGCUGAGGCUGAGAGGGUUAGAGGAGCUCAUAGCGAUGCUGAAGGAUGUGAAGGGAGCUCAGAAGGUGGGUGGGCAAGGACGGACUGUUCCAAACACUAUAGCCCUCUUGGUUUUCAUUAGCUCAGUACUGUUAUUCAUUACAGGCUAGUAUUGCUAUCCCUCAGUGUCUUAAUUGCAAAAGCCCAACUCUGCCAUUGUAUAGCUUUUCUUCUCACUGUGGGCCAGUACUAUAACUAUUCCUCUUCACCAAACUCCAGUACAUUGUCUUCCAUGGAAAAAUAUGUUUUUCCUCAUGUUUUCUUUAUGAAUGUUCUCAGGUGAACGAAUGGCACAAAAAGUUGGAGGAGGCUCGUCUGCAUGAGCUGAGGCGAGGCCGGGAGCUGGAGGUACAGAGAGAGGAAAUCAGAUACCUGAGGAGCCUGGUGGCCGAGCAAGAGAAAACCAUCCAUACCCUGGAGGAGGACAGUGUACAGCAACACACUGUGAGAAGAGAAAGCACACUUCAGACAGAUAGGCAGGCACUUUUCACAGACAGAGAGAGAGACACACACACACACAGAAAUUGA